CGUCGCCGGGUUAUGACGUGUUUAGAGCUCGCCAUCAUAAAGUUGCAGCACAUUGCUAAAGACAGACACGAGUGACAUGAGCUCUUCAGCGGCAUUAUUCAUGAGGUUAUAACGGCCCAUGACGCGUAUCUGUUGCUCGUAUUGUGAUUUAGAGCUGCUAGUGAUUUAGCGGCGGUGUGUUUGUGUGCGCUAAAGGCCGAUGGCGUCUGUCGGGGAUGGCAGCGUGGACUCUAAAGCGGAGCUGAGCGCUCUGCUGGAGCAGUGGGAGAGAGAACAGCAGGGAGGCACAAGUGAACUGCUCAACAUACUGACCAAGAUUUCGGAGCUUGUUGAAAGGGAGACGGAGGAGUAUCACAAGGCUGAUCCUGACCCGUUUGAUGACCGCCAUCCAGGGCGGGCCGACCCAGAGUGCAUGCUGGGACACCUGUUGAAAAUCUUGUUCAAGAAUGAUGACUUUAUGAAUGCGCUUGUGAACUCAUACGUGAUGAGUAGCCGUGAGGUGGCACUGAACACGGCUGCAUGCAGACUGCUGUUGAACAUCAUGCCUGGUCUUGAGACGGCUGUGGUCUUUCAAGAGAAGGAGGGGAUUGUGGAGCGAUUGUUUAAAUGGGCUCAGGAGGCAGAGCAGCCCCUCCGAAUCUACGCCACAGGCCUGCUGGCAGGAGCCAUGGAGAACCAGGACAUCGCCGCCAACUAUCGCGAGGAAAACUCUGUACUGGUUCCUUUAAUGCUGCAGAGACUGAGAGAGCUUCAGGAAAAGGAGGCAGAGAACAGGAAGGACAGUAAGCGUCCAAGCAAGAGUCUCGUUCCUCUGCUGCCCCUGGACGAGGAGGCCGUGGACGGAGAGUUCGCUCCUAACGCUCACACAGAGAAACACGACUCGAGAAAAACCGACUCGGACGCUGAGCUGCAGCCCCUCUCUGCUGCGAGGAGCUUGGGGAGAUGUAACACAGGCAUGAAGGGCCUGAUGAAGCCCGCUGCAGCAUUCCCUUUAGAGCUGGACGAAAUGGACAGCCCAGGUGAAGGCAUGAGGAACUGGAGGAAGAAGGAGAACGGUGGCAAAGUAAAGCAGAAGCUGAACUUCUCGCAGCCAGAGCCGGAGCGCAGCUUCAGUGAGCUCUCCAACAGCAGCUGGACUGAGAUGAGCCCGUGGGUGAUAGGAAAUAACUACCACCUGUGCCCGCUCACACCUGGAAUAGAGCAGCGCCUCAUCCUCCAGUACCUCAACCCGCUGGGAGAAUACCAGGAGUUGUUGGCUGUUUUCAUGCAGCUUGGUGCUCGUGAGCUGCUGAUGCACUACAUGGACCUGAAACAGACAAACGACGUUCAGCUCACGUUUGAAGCCCUAAAGUAUCUUGCGUCUCUCCUCCUUCAUAAAAAGUUUGCGGCCGAGUUUGUCUCGCAUGGCGGAGUCCCAAAGCUACUGGAGAUCCCGCGACCCUCCAUGGCUGCCACCGGCGUCUCUCUGUGCCUCUAUUACCUGGCAUACAACCAGGACGCUAUGGAGAGGGUGUGUAUGCUGCCGCAUUCGCUGCUGUCGGAGGUGGUGAGCUACACGCUGUGGCUCCUGGAGUGCUCUCAUGCCUCCGGCUGCUGCCACGCCACCAUGUUCUUCUCCAUCUGUUUCUCCUUCAGAGCCGUGCUCGAGCUCUUCGACCAUCAGGACGGGCUGCGGCGGCUCAUCAACCUGAUUAGCACUCUGGAGAUUUUGAACCCAGAGGACCAGGGUGCACUGUUGAGCGACGAUGAAAUCUUCUCAAGCAGACAGACUGCAAAACAUACCUGCAUGGCGCUGCGCAGGUAUUUUGAGGCUCACCUGGCCAUUAAAGUCGAGCAGGUCAAACAAUCGCUGCAGCGUACCGAGGGAGGAGCGCCGAUACACCCGCAGCCUUAUUACAAGGCUUGCUCUUACACCCAUGAGCAGGUGGUAGAAAUGGUGGAGUUCCUGAUCGAGUUCAGCCCGGUGCGUUUGUACUGGGAGCCUGCCGAGUUCUUCCACAAACUGUCCUGUGUGCAGCUCCUUUUGCAGCUCAUUUCUAUCGCCUGUGACUGGAGAACAUACUACGGCAGGGCUGACACAGUGAGGUAUGCUUUGGAUAUCUUGAGCAUUUUGACAGUCAUUCCUAAAACGCAGCUGCUGUUGUCUGAGAACGUCGCUGUGCUGGAUGAGAAUGGCUCCACCAUCUCCACUGUUGGUAUGAGCAUAGUGCUGGUCGUCGCAGAGGGUGAAGUAUUUGUAACUGACGCAGAAAUCCAGAAGUCGGCCCUGCAGGUGAUCAUAAACUGCGUCUGCGCUCCAGACAAAUGCGUCUCUAGCAUCGGCAAGUUCAUCUCGGGCACCCCGCGUCGCCGUCUGCCGCAGACCCACCGCGCCAGCGAGAGCGUCCUGGUCAAGAUGUGGAACGUGGUUCAGUCGAACAAUGGCAUUAAAGUCCUGCUGUCCCUGCUCACCAUCAAGAUGCCCAUCACCGAUGCCGAUCAGAUUCGCGCUCUGGCGUGCAAAGCCCUAGUUGGGUUAGCACGUAGCGCUGCGGUGCGACAGAUCAUCAGCAAGCUUCCGCUGUUCAGCAGCGGACAGAUCCAGCAGCUGAUGAAAGAGCCUGUGCUUCAGGACAAGCGCAGCGAGCAUGUGCGCUUCUGCAAGUAUGCAGCAGAACUCAUAGAGCGCGUGUCUGGAAAGCCGCUGCUGAUCGGCACAGAUGUUUCCCUGGCGCGGCUGCAGCGGGCUAGUGUCGUGGCACAGUCACGCAUUUCGUUUCCCGAGAAGGAGCUUCUGUUGCUUAUUCGGAAUCAUCUUUUGUCUAAAGGUCUCACGGACACAGCGACAGCACUGACGAAAGAAGCCGAGCUGCCCAUGGGGCUGCAUGCUCUGGCUCACGCUAGCGUGCCGCCGUUCACUCCCGUUUCUGUCGCGACGCCUCCUUCUCCCGCCGCUGGCAUCCCACGGACUCCUCGGCUCACUAACGGAGUCGCGGCCCGUCUGGGUGGCCACACCCCCCACGUGCUUCCUCUUCACCAGCCCCGCCCCUCCACCUCACAGGCUCUGCCCCCUCCACCGCCUGCAGUCUCCCACCACAGUAAUGGCUCUCCGCUCAUUGGACGCAUCGUGUUCUCGCGGGAGCGGCCGUCACCGUGUGCAGCUGCAGGAGGGAAGAGGCCAAAAGUACUGAGGCAGAAAUCAGAUCAUGGUGCGUUCAGCCAGAGUCCGGCCAUGAAAAAGCAGCUGGACAGACAUCUGCCCUCUCCUCCUACUCUAGACAGUAUCAUAACAGAGUAUUUGCGAGAGCAGCACGCCCGCUGCAAGAACCCAGUGACCACAUGUCCUCCCUUCAGCCUCUUCACACCGCAUCAGUGCCCAGAGCCCAAGCAGAGACGCCAGGCACCCACCAAUUUCACUCCUCGCCACACACGCAGGGUCGUCUACCCCAAAUACGGUGGGGUUGAUGGAGGCUGUUUUGACAGGCAUCUCAUCUUCAGCAGGUUUCGGCCCAUCUCUGUGUUCAGAGAGGCUGAGGAGGAUGAGAGUGGCUUCAUGUGUUGUGCGUUCUCAGCGCGAGAGCGUUUCCUGAUGUUGGGCACAUGCACCGGACAGCUCAAACUCUACAAUGUGUUCAGUGGACAGGAGGAAGCCAGCUACAGCUGCCACAGCUCAGCCAUCACACACCUGGAGCCCUCCAGAGACGGUUCCCUGUUGUUGACAUCAGCUUCCUGGAGUUAUCCCUUAUCUGCGCUGUGGGGAAUGAAGUCUGUAUUCAUCAUGAAGCAUUCAUUCCUGGAUGAUCAUUAUGUGGAGUUCAGCAAACUCUCUCAGGACAGAGUCAUAGGAACAAAAGAGCACAUUGCACAUAUAUAUGACAUUCAGUCUGGACAGAAACUCCUGACCCUCAAUAACCCUGACCUAGCUAACAACUACAAGCGCAACUGUGCCACGUUUAACCCCACGGAUGACCUGGUCCUGAACGACGGUGUCAUGUGGGAUGUCCGCACCGCUCAGGCCAUCCAUAAGUUUGACAAGUUCAACAUGAACAUCAGCGGCGUUUUCCAUCCCAAUGGUUUAGAGGUCAUCAUCAACACGGAGAUUUGGGAUUUGAGGACGUUUCAUCUUCUUCACACAGUGCCAGCGCUAGAUCAGUGUAGGAUUGUCUUCAACAACAAUGGAACUGUCAUUUAUGGAGCCAUGUUGCAGGCUGAUGAUGAGGAUGAUAUGAUGGAGCAGCAAAUGAAGAGUCCAUUCGGUUCAUCCUUCAGGACCUUUGAUGCCACUGAUUAUAAACCCAUCGCCACCAUUGAUGUGAAGAGGAACAUUUUUGACCUGUGUACAGACACUAAAGACUGCUAUCUGGCUGUCAUUGAGAAUCAGGACUCAAUAAAUAUGGACACUGUGUGUCGGCUGUAUGAAGUCGGUCGCCAGAGACUUGCUGAGGAGGAAGAGGAUGAGGAGGAUCAGGAGGAGGAUGAUCAGGAUGAAGAGGACGACGAUGACUCGGAUGAUGACAUAGAUGACAUCGAUACAGACCCGCUGCUGGCAGAGCUGGAGAACGAGAAUAACAGAGAGGAGGAUGGCGAGCAGGACUUCUCUCCGUCUGAUGAUGAGGAAGUGGCUCGCCUGCUGGACGAAGAGGCAGAUGAUGAUGAUGAUGAUGACGACGAUGACGACGAUGACGACGACGACGAUGAGGAUUCUGAUGACAAUGAGCGAGAUGUGGAGCUUGUACUAGACAACACAGACAGCUCUGAUAACUCAGACCUGGAAGAUGACAUUAUCCUUUCCCUGAACGAGUGAUCCUGCCCAAAACCACGGUGGAAGUGCUCAACCAGGCUUGAAGCUCAGUGAGAAGAUCUGAGAGAGAAUGUUAUAGGAUAGCAGCAGCUGAUGAGUGUCAGGUUGUGGUGUGGAUGGUCUACAUGCACACGGACCCGAAAAUGACAUGUGUGGACUUGCUGGAAAAUUGUAAACAAAACAUAGUUUUAUAUAAGGACGUCUCGCCUAAAACCAAUGGAACUUGUCCGUUGUUUGUUUUUGCUACAGCGUUGCCCUCUUGGAACAUCUGACCAUUUUUAAAGAACGUGUACUGAUAGAUUUCGAGAAGGGUCUUGCGUUCAUACAUUAGCGUGUUUUGUUGUGUUGGUUGGCCGCUGUCUAGAGGAGUUCUGGGUAGCUCUGAUCCACUGGAUGCACUGUUUGCAUGCGCAGAUCUGUAUGCAUGCCUUUGACCUUUGACCUGCCCACCACUCCUCAUGUGAUCUCUUGAGUUUGAUUAAUCUAAACAUCUGAAAAUCUAGUUGCUUAGACAUUUAGUUCAUCCAUUUUUGCUUUCUGAAUAGUAGGUUUGUUAGCCAUUGCUUGUUUCAUUUUACAAGAAAGCGCUUUUAAGGCCCUUUUUGUCGGCUGACUGAUUGGAUUGAAGAUGUUGCACCACGUUUAAUGAGCAAUAAUUUCCAUUGGUUUCUAAAUUCACAUAAAGGACUAAAGGACUGUGGUACCUCAGAUCCGCAGCGGCGUUUGCUUCUCUUUUGGAGGAAGUUAACUGUUGCACCGGUUUGCUUAAACUUCAUUUCACAUGAAGUUAAACAUUUUUAAACAUCUGUGUACAGCCUCCAUUUACUUUAUGGUUUAAUUUUUUGUUCAUGCCUUUCCAAAAGUAAAGAUCUAAGGCAACAUUGUGUACAAAAUGUAUAAAAAAUAUUUUUACUAUAAAUGUUAUUGCAAUAAACCAGAGUAAAUUGUU